ACACACACACACACACACACGGGGAACAGAGAAAGCGCGAGACUUCGCAAUGCGCACCGUAACACACCUCCGGAGCAGGGGAAUGAUGAACUCCAGUUUAUUACAGCAGAGGGUUUAGGAGAACCAGGAAACAAGUCUGGUCCGCACUUCCGCUACACACACACACACACGAUGGAGAAAACGCCAACACCGACCAACAGAGCGCGCGCCUCAGCGGCCACAGGAAGCUCGAGCCCGAACCACAACCACGCGGACCGGACACGGAGGACCACCGGAAGAGGAGGAGGAGGAGGAAGAGGAGGAGGAGGAGGAAGAGGAGGAAAGAGGCCUCAGCUGGAAGGAGUACUGAGCAAAUACACCAACCUGAUCCAGGGCUGGCAGAACAGGUACUUUGUUCUGGAUGAAGACCUGAACCAGCUCCAGUACUUCGUGAACGAACAGGGCCGGAGUCAGAAACCCAGAGGGACCCUCCCUCUGAUUGGUGCAUCUGUUACCGUGAGUGAUGAGGCACCACACAUGUUUGUCGUCAGCUCGGCCAAUGGGGAGCUCUUCAAACUCCGAGCGGUGGACGGUAGAGAGCAACAGCUGUGGAUGUCUCACAUUCAGUCCUGCGCCACAGACAGCAGUGUGAGGACACUGAAGGACACUAACGAGCAGCUGGGUGUGGACAAGGCAGUCAGUAGUUUAGACAUACAGGGUUCAUCACGUCGGAGUUUCUCUCUCCUCCCCUCUGCCUCUUCCUCAACCUCUUCCUCUCCGAGGCUGCAGAGACAUCUUCCUCACCUUCCUCAUCUGCCUCAUCCUCACAGAUCUCCUGCAGCUUCACGCCGGGCCAAACACACACAAGCUCAGCCCGACGCACUGCUGGGGGUCAGAGAGGUGAUCCAUCAGGUAGAGUGUCAGCAGAAAUCCCUCGUUCACUCCAUCGAGCUCCUCCCUCGGCGAGGGGGUGUGUCCUGUCUGGAUCAGGACCUGCUGCUGCUGAAGGCUACGUCGGCCGCCACACUGCGCUGCCUUGCCCAGUGCCUCAGUAUGCUACAGCAACACAGACACGCCCACAACCUGUCAGACCCCGCCCAGCCACAGGUCCCGCCCUCUGAGGAAUGUGAUGUGGACGAUGUAAAGACUGCGGGCUGCCAGGGGCCGAUGCUUAGCGAAGACCAAACCAACACAUGCUGAACUGAAUCCAUCUGUCUUACCUUUUUGUUUUUUUGUUUUUUACUUGUGUGAAAGGGCUAAAUCUCUCCCGGCAUUGUGACGUGUGUGUGUGACGUGUGUGUGACGCGUGUAUGAGAAUUAAACUAGAGCACUUUUCUUCCUAUGCUGGAGUAACCAAAGCAUGCCACACGGUGCCUGAGCGAGCUCCUUCACCAACACCACCAACCAUGUCGAAUGCAUUUCCUCUUGUCUGAUGUCCUGUAGGGCGUUUUCACACCUGUUUGACCGUCUGUCGAAUCUGAAUCAAAGCGUAAACCGAUUCUUUUGUUUCUUUUGCUAUUUGUUUUCACACUGCACAUAAUUAAAAUGAACAAAAAAGCUCAAUAAAAACCACGAGUGGAGUGCGA